AUGGUGCUGCUGCCGCCCCCCUGCCCCAUGGCGGAGUUCGCGAUACCGCGGCACAGCGCGGUCAUGGAGCGCCUCCGCCGCCGCAUCGAGCUGUGCCGGCGGCACCACAGCACCUGCGAGGCCCGCUACGAGGCUGUGUCGCCCGAGCGCUUGGAGCUGGAGAGGCAGCACACUUUCGCCCUGCACCAGCGAUGCCUGCAGGCCAAGGCCAAACGCGCCGGCAAGCACCGGCAGUCUGCGCCGCCUGCCCCAGCCCCCGCCGCUGCGCCGCCCGCUCCGGCCCCGGCUCCCGUGGCAGCUGUCGAGGGCACGGACAGCAGCGCCGCAGAGCAGAGCCGCAACAGCAGCUCCCUCAUCGCGCAACUCCAUGAAUCAGUGAAAAGAAAUCGGGAUAAUGCUGGCUCCCCUCAGAAUGGAGAUCAACAAAAUGGCUAUGGAGAAAUGUUUUCUGUGCACAAGAAACCACGCCAUGAAGAUACUCUUGGGGUUAGCGUCUCUUCCAAUGGGAUGCCUCCCUUGUCUCCACUGCAUCAGCUUGACAAGUCUUCUGGAGGAGAUGCCUUACAGCCCAAUGGAAAACAUUCCCUGGGACUAGAUGCCAUCAAUAAAAAAUGUCUUCCAGAUCCUAACCUACAUUCAAAUGGCAGCAGUAAUGCAAAUGAUUCAUUUCAAAUAAAUUUGAAUAAAGAACUGAAACAAGAGCCUGUAGAUGACCUUCCUUGUAUGAUCUCUGGAGCUGGUGGUUCUAUUUCUCAAAACAACUUAAUGCCUGACCUAAACCUUAAUGAGCAAGAGUGGAAGGAGCUCAUUGAUGAACUCAACAGAUCAGUGCCUGAUGAAGACAUGAAGGAUCUAUUUAAUGAAGAUUUUGAGGAGAAAAAGGAUACAGAGACUUCAAGUUCAGCUACACAGACCCCAUUGCCACAAGACAUUAAUAUUAAGACUGAAUUUUCUCCAGCAACCUUUGAGCAGGAGCAGUUAGGAUCUCCACAAGUAAGGUCCACGUCUUCAGGGCAAACUUUUAUUGGGUCAUCGUCUGUAGCCGUGAGUACAACCUCUCCGGGUAUAGGUGGCUCUCAAACUGGCUUCCAGACUGCUAGUCAGCCAGGAGCUGAAAAUCCCAACCAGACCAUGAUGCAGGCAUCAAAUCAGUCUCAGAAUGUACAGAGGCCUCUAGCCAGUGUAUUAUUAUCUGGUCAAGGCUCUGGAGGGAGCAAAGAAAUGUCCUCAGCCCACCAGCUUCAGCAGAUAGCUGCCAAGCAGAAGAGAGAUCAGAUGCUUCAAAACCAACAGCAAGCUCAACAGGUUCACCAGCCGGGGCAGAUGACCAACUGGCCACAAUCUGGUCCUUCUCAUAGUCCAUUAGCUGUCCCCUACUCAGUAGAGAACCCAACCAGCCCUUCAGUUUACCAGCAAGAUUUCAAUAACCAGAAACUCAUGAUGUCCAGCAUGACCAAUAAGAGUUCUCCUAGAACAGGAGGAAAUUACCUCCAACCAAGCCAUGUAGGCCUGCUGCCUCACCAGUCAAACACUUUGAACCAGAACUCUGUGACUGGCCAAGGGUCCCUGCUUGACUAUGGCAAUACCAAACCUCUUUCCCAUUACAAAGCUGACUGUGGACAAGUAUCUGGCCAAAAUAAGGCACCCAUGUUAACUUAUCUGCCACAGCAGCUGCCUCAUAUGAAUGAAGAACAAAACCCAUUGUUCAUAAUGAAACCGAAGCCUGGAAGUAUUCCCUACAGGCCACUGGUUCCCCAUAGCCAGGACCAGAACCCUUCAAACGUUCCUCGGGUCCCAGCAUCUGUGCCAGCAUCGAGUGUUGGCACUCAGCCACCAGCUGUAUCCAUGGCAAGUAGCCAUGGCACUGCCGCCUAUCUCAACACCCAACAACAAGCAGCAGCUCUGAAGCAACACCAGCUGCUGCUAGACCAGCAGAAGCAGAGAGAACAGCAACAGAAACAGUUGCAGCAACAACAGCAGCAUUUCCUGAUAGGGCAGAGACAGCAGCAGAUUCUGGCUGAGCAGGAGAAGCAGCGUCAGGAACAGCAAUUUCAAAGACACCUGACCAGGCCUCCACCUCAGUACCAAGAGCAAAACCAGACCACUUACCAGCAGUUCACAGCAUCAUCAGCUGCCAUGGCUGGAGUGAAUAGCUUGGGUCCAUCCAACUCUGGUAGCCCCCGAAUGUUUCCUCAGAUUCAGAUUGGACCUGGACAUGCUUCAGUUUCCUCCAUUCCUUCAAAUCCAGGCCAGCAGGAGCGAAGUGUGGCUCAGUAUACUGGUACACAGAGCCUUCAGAGAGGAAACCUCUACAGUGUGGCACCUGGCAUGACUCAGAUGGUCCCUCAGCACACACCUCAGGCCUCCAAUGGGCACGCCCACAUGCCCCGGCAGCCCAGCGUUGGCCAGAGCAGUGCAGUUCCUGCUAGCUAUGGUCAGAACCCCCUGGGGAAUGCUGGGCUUCCUCCACAGCAUAGUAAAGGGGCCCUGAAUCCUACUUUAUCUAAGCCCUCAUUGCCCAGAAUGCCAACAGCUGUGGGAGCCCCAAAUCCCUCUUGGCAGCACCAAGGUGUGCCUAGCAUGAACAGUCAGCCACAGGGGAACAGCAGUGGGAGUCCUUUCCCUGCCACCUCCACUUUCCACAUGCAGCAGCCCCAUCUGAAGAUGACUAGCCAGCAGUUUCCCCAAGGAGGGCCUCAGGUGAACCUCAGUGCCAGCCGGCCAAUGACAUCCAUCAGCUCUGCUGUGUCGGGGCAGAUGAUGACCUCCAUGAGCACACAGCAGAGGACGAGUGCGUCUGCCCAGCAGCAGGUCCCCUCUCAGCAAGUCCUGCCUGGGAUGAACCCGGCAGUCCCAGACUUGACUGCAUUCAACCAAAACCCAAGCCAGCAGCUGGCAAACCGAGCCAGUCUACACUGUGGGCAGGGCUACCAGGUGAGGACAGCAAACCAGGAGCUACCUUUUACCUACAGUGCUCCACCGGGCAACAGCGGAUUACAGAAUCUUACUGGUGACACAGAUCUGAUAGAUUCUUUGUUGAAAAAUAGGACUUCAGAAGAGUGGAUAAAUGAUUUGGAUGAGUUGUUAGGAACACAUUAA